AAGGCAGGAGGCUGGUGCUCAGGAACCAGAGCCCUUUGCCCAGGGUGGUCUCUCACUGCCUCACGGAAGGGAAAUGGUGUCUUUCCUACAGGCAAGGAAAAUUCAGGUCUUGCUGCCAGACAUUGUGGAGGCUCUGCAGGACACCAACACAGACAUGCUGAUGAAGGCCCUGCCUGUGCUGAGAAACGUGAUGGCUCAUGUGGAGAGGUGGAAGGCCAGUGGCCCGGCUCUGCAGCUGGCUGAGAAGCUCCUGCCACUCUUUGACCACGAGUCCAGCCAGGUGCGGGAGCACUCCAUCUGCCUCUUCCAAGCUGUGGUGAAGGCUGUGCUGCGGCAAAGGAAGAAGGAAAUUAAGAGGACAGUGCACAGGAGCCUUCUCCCACUCUACUUUCACAUGAGAGACCAGAGUGAGAGCGUAGCAAAGGCCUCUGGGGAAGCUCUCGCCGUGGCUGCAAAGUUUCUGCGACGCAAAGAGCUCAAGCGCUUGGCCAAGACAGAACAGACGUGGAACAUCAGGGAGUGCUUGGUAAGGACCCAUCUUGGUUUGCCCCAGCUGGGCAAACGUGCCCGGCCAGAGCCCGCUGCCUGCAGCCGCAUCCUCGCUCCCUUCCUGCCAGCACAGAGCCCCAGGGGGCUGUUCUGCAGGCCCCUCUGCCCUCCCUGCCCCCAGGAUGCUGGAGGAGACCCUGGAGAGGGUGUGCAAGCCCCGUGACCCUGCGUUCUCUCUCUCUCCAGCUGCAGCAGGACAGAGGCAGAGUAGAAGAAUACCUGCAGCAGAGCCAGCCCUACCUGCAGGCCACUCAGACCAACUUGCGACUUGAGGCCGUCAGAUUCAUUGGUGAGCCCAGCCCCUGAGUCCCUCUUGGGGCAGCCUUUGGCAGCCCCAGGCACAGCCCUGUUGCCCCCAGAGCCCCCCGACUGGGCCCUUGCUCCAGGGUGCAGGAGGGGGCACAGCCUGGCUGGCCAGGCCAGGGGCUGCACUGCUGGGAGCGUGCUGGGGA